CUCAUCCCAAGAUGAAACCAUUCGCUGCAAUUAUUGCCCUCUUGGCCGGCAUCCUGAUCCUGCCCAGCAUCGAGGGCCAGAAUCAAGCCUUCGAUCUGGCCAAGCUGAUGCCCAAGAGCGGCUCGCAGCCCAUCUGGACGGUGAUCAAUCGGAAUCUGCCGCAGGUACAGGAAAUGAUCAAUGCAGCCCGCAAGGAGUGCCUCCAGCAGCUGGGCCUGCCCAAGGAUCAGCGACCGCUGAUGCAAGUGGCAAGUCCCACGGCCAAGGAGAAAUGCCUGAUGGAGUGCGUCCUAAAGAAGAUCAAGCUGAUGGAUGGAAACAACAAGCUCAAUGUGGGCCAGGUGGAGAAGCUGGCCAGCCUGGUGACUCAGGACAACAAGGUGGCCAUAGCCCUAAGCUGUGGCAUGGCCCAAACCUGCAACCGGAUCAUCACCGUCAAGGAUUCCUGCGAGGCAGCCCAUCAGUUCAACCAGUGCAUCGGCCGCCAGCUGGACCGCAACAGUGUGAAGCUGGUGUGGUAGGGAGAUGUAAGGGAGGAGGCUGAAGGGAUAAGGUAACCCGUGGCCCAAGAGAUGACCAUUUGGGAUAAAACUAUUUAAAAUAUUUUGAAAUUAUCACCUAUAAUCUCAAAUGGGAAAUUUAAGCUUGAACUGGGAAGGACUAAAAGGAAUUUGCUCGCCUAAUUGUUAAAUAUAUUUAUAAACUUAUCUCAAUAAAAUAAAUAAAAUAAA